AUGGGGCAGACGGUGGUGGAGAUGGGGACGGCGCUGGUGAUCACGAAUGUCGUAAGAUGCGAAAUGGUGGAUGUGGUGAAUAACGGCGCCGAUGCCGACGCUGUGUCCUCUGCGCUGCUGCCGGACGCUCUCAAGGUCGCUGCCGCGGUCGUCGUCGUCGUCGUGGGAGCACUGACAGGGGUGGUCCCUGACUGCGCUGAAAAGGAACUUCCAGAAGGACUUGAUACCCCGGUGCUCGUUGUCGCGCGCUGCGAAGAAACUUCGGUAGGAGAUGGGAUUCCCGAGCCUCCUCCCGUCAACGUGUUGUCGUCUUGGGGUGGGGUCCUUGUGCUGCCCGAAGCGGUGACCGUCCCUGUGGGAGAUCUGGUUGGAGGCGUCUCAGUCGCAAUUCCCGAAGAAGGAAUAGCGGGAGUAUUAGACGCAGACGCUAAGUCGGUCCCGGUCGGGGUCGCUGUCGUGCUGUCCGCCGGAGUCCCGGACAAGCUGGUGGGCGAUCCAGAGUUGGCCGUGGACACGCUCAAGGAGCUAGUGACACCGCCUGUUGCGGACACAGACGCGUCUGCUGUCCGAGUACCAGUUUCGGCUUCAGACGGGAAAAUCGAAGACCCGGCUGUUCCCGUAGGAACGCUAGAAGCAUUGCCCGUUGGAGUGGAAGAAACUGUGUUUGCAGAUGAGCCCGUGGGCGACGAAGAAGCCGAGGCGAUGCCUCCAGAAGCACCCGAUUCUGUAUUCGAGGAAGGAGUUGAAGAACUGGCUCCCGAAACUGUGCUCGAUGCACUGCCAGUUGGAGCAGCAGAGCCGGUGUUUCCAGACGAGCCGCUGCUUGAUAUCGAUGCGGAGCCUGUCGAACCUGUGUUUGCAGCACUGCCAGAAAUUGCACUAUCUGUAUUGGACGUUAUAGCCGAAGAGCCUGUACCUGUAACAGUGCUCGAGCCAUUUUCCGUUGGAGUGGUGGAGCCUGCGUUUCCGGACGAGACACUCUGCGAUAUAGAUGCCGAGAGUGUUGAUCCUGUGUUUGUAGCACUACCAGAAACGCCAGUUACGGUGGUUGAUGCAAUAGUUAAAGAGUUGGAGCCUGUAGCAGUGCUCGAUACACUAUCAGUAGGCGUGGCAGACCCUGUGUUUCCAGAUGAGAUACUCUGCGAUAUAGUGUUUGCAGCACUGCCAGAAACUCCAGUUGCAGUAUUGGAUGCACCAGCCGAGGAGACGGUACUCGUAACGGUGCUUGAUACAUUGUUAGUUGGCGUGGCAGAACCCGUGUUGUCAGAUGAAGCAUUGGAUGAUAUAGAAGCUGUUGAUGUACUUCCAGACGUGCCAGUUUCGGAAUUCGAGGAGCCACCUGAAGAACCGGUCGAAGCCUGGUCGGUUGGCGUGGCAGAAGCCGUGUUUCCAGAUGAGGCAUUGGAUGAUAUAGACACGGUAGGGGUACCACUAGAAGUGUUAGAUCCGGUAUUGAGUGAAGCAGUCGAAGAAUCAGUCCCUGUAGCUGUACUAGACGCACUUCCUGUUGGGCUAGCAGAACCUGAUGAGGCACUAGGGGUCACGGAGGCCGAAGGCCCAGGUGUUCCACUGGUGAUACCGCCAGAAGUGGCACUUUCACCAUUGGAAAGAGAGUUCGAGGAGCUCGAUGCUGAAAUGGUGCUGGAUGCAUUAUUUUCUGUAGAUGAUGCACUUCCAGACGAGGCACUGGGCGAUAUGGAUGCCGAUUCUGUUGGCGUUGCACUAGUAAUGCUACUAGAAAUACCAGAUUCAACCUCAGUGGAUGACGAAGCUGAAGAACCAGUCUGGGAGGCACUGUUAGAAAUACUUCUAGAAGAGGACACUGUGUUUGUGGGUGAUGCUGUUGGCGUUGCACCAGUAAUGUCGCUAGAGGUACCAGAUUCGACAGCAGACGAUGAAACUGAAGCACUACCAGUAGCAGAUGCGGUGUUUGUAGAUGACGUACUUGAAGAUUGCGUUGACGUUGUAUCGGAAAUGCUACUGGAAGUGACAGAUUCAGCACUGGGUGAUGAAUCUGAGGAGCUAGUUUGCGAGGCACCACUGGAGGUACUGCUAGUAGUAGAAGCUGUAUCUGCGGAAGAUGCACUUGAUGCACUUGAAGAUUGUGUUGACGUGGUAGUGCUGCUAGAAGAAUCAGAUUCAACACUGGAUGACGAAGCUGAAGAGCUCGUUUGUGAAGCACUGCUGGUAGAGGAAACCGUAUCUGUGGACGAUGCGCUUGAUGAUACAGAAGAAGUAGUGCUGGUUGCGCUGGAUGUAGUUAUAGAUGCCGAUGAAGAAGAGCUGCUACUACUGGUCGUAGUUGUAAUAGAGCUAGAUGCCGUAUUGGAUGGUGUUGGAGUGGGCGUCGGCAUCGGCGUAGGGGUACUGCAGACUUCCCUCUCUGGGCCAGUGACUCCAAUGUUGUCAAAAUCGACAUUAAACUCAGAUAUGCCUUCGCAAAAGAACUGGACUAGAAGCUUCUGUUCCGCUUUUCGAGGCUUCCAGUUCAAUUUUACGGGCGUCCAUUGGGAAGAUUGA